CUCAUAGCCAGUUAUUAAUUGGGUUGCUCUUUCCUCGCUUGGCUUCCUCUGGGUCGACAGUUCGAUAUAAAAUAUUGAUAGUAAGCUAAGAAGACACCUCGUUAACAAGGUGAUGCAUAAACUCGUCUCGUUUAAUGUCUUUUUAUCGGAUCACUGGACAUGGUGUCCUUGAAUAUCACCCCAACUCUCCUUACUGCGACAGGGGACCUCAGCGUCGAGGCCAAUCUCGCCAUUUUGUCGUUCUUGUUCUACUUUCUCUGGCCUUUCCUCAUCCUGUUCGGCGUGGUCAGUAACAUGAUCAACAUCGUGGUCUUCACAAAGAUGGGUCUCCAUGACAGCGUGUCCGUCUCGUUCUUCGUCCUCUCCGUGACGGAACUCCUCUACUUGCUGUUCUCUAUCGCCGUGGCUACCACGGGGGCCAUCGGCCUACAACCAUGGCAGAGCUCACUGCCCGUCGGCGUGUACUUCCUGGGCGGGUACAUCGCGUGGUAUCAAGAAAUGUUUCUGGAAAUAUCGAUGGCUAUCAUCGCGUACAUCGGCCUGGCCAGGUGCUGCUGUGUGGCGAUAGCUCUGAAGUUCAAACACACGUUCACGGUGACGCGAACGCUCGUGUUUCUGAGCGGGUUGAUCUCAUUCAGCGUGGGAAACAGGAUCCCCAUUUUGAGAACCACUGGCCUUGCUUGGGUCACAAACCCUUUGAACAACACCACGCGAUUGCUGGCGUGGUUCUCGGACGAUUUUAACAGCGUGAAAAAAGUUUACGAACUCAUUAACAGAAACAUCUUUCCCACCAUCUUGCUCAUCGUCGUUCUGGUUUGCUCCGUCAUCCUGACCUAUACUUUGAUCGUCGCGUCCAGGAAUCGCAGGGCCAUGACCGGGAAGGCUUUGGCGAAGAACAAAAAGGACAUUGAAAAUCUGGUCCAUAGGAUGAACAUAAAUACAAAAGAUGUCAUCGAAGAUUAUCACAUUGGAAGCCACAAUUAUUCCACCAAACGGCUGAAGUUAGCCAAAGCUCACACCCUGAGCAGUAAGGAGAUCCAGAUCGUCAAGCAAGUCACGGCUGUGGCCAGUUUCCUUCUUCUCGCCGUCCUCGUGCAGUCCAUGAACAGCCUCGCACAGGUCAUCGUCCCAGAGUUCAUGUCCGGGCGAAGCUACAAACGCAUUUACAACGUCAUGAUUGGGUUCAGCUACUCGUGCUGCUACCUGAACACGUGCGUCAACUUCCUCAUUUACAUCAAGUUCAACUCCAAGUUCAGGGGAACCUUCCAGCGCGUCUUCUUAUGUUCAAGCACUGGUAAAAAUUAGAAACGCCGUUUUUAAAGGGUUACAAUGCAAGUGGUCGCCGUUUGAUAGUGGAACUAAUUCAACGAGAAUUUUUUAAACAAAGGACAUGUAAAGAUAUUGUGACAGAUGCGCGAC